AUGUACCAGCUCCUGACUCUGAGAUGGGUGCUCUGCUCCAGUAUCUGUGUUUCCACCAGGCACCCUGAGAGCCUAGCAGACCUGCAGAAGCAGGGGCUUUUGUGCUUUUAUGACAAUGCUCAGCUGGUGGCCUGAGCAGAUGUGUUCCUCUGCCGCCUCCCAUCACAUGUGCCAUCCAGCUGCUCUGCCAUUUGGCCUUGCAUCCAGAAACCCAGCAUUGUGUACAGCCUUGUCACCACUGUCCCUCUCCUCGGGGAAAACAGUCCACGUGCAACUUUUGUUUCCGUGGAUGUGAUGCUGUUCCUCCUGCCAGCUGCCACCUCUCUCCAUCGCAGCUUCGUUACACGCUUCUGCAUGCCCUUUAGUAUGAGGAAGAGGAGGCUGAGGGGAGACCUCACCACUCUCUACAACUCAUCAACAGGACACUGGAAAACAAGAGUCGAUGCUGAACGGCUGGUGGCCACUUCCUGCGCAGCCCUGAACAGCAGCACGUGGCAGAGCCUGCUUCACCAGAAGGCACUGAAAUUGCUCAAUGACCUCUCUUUUCCUGAUUGCUGCCCCAUCCGUGCAGAGCGGAAAACUUCCUGCCCGUGGUUUGUGUGCAAGAGGCAACAACGUGUUCUCAGAAAUCCCAGAGGAAACUGCUGACUGUGAUUCUAAACCCUCAUAAACUGCAACGAAGCCCACAGCAGAAUGCUUUGCUGAUAUCUUGUCCCAGCCCACU